AUGGCUUCUCUCGCUGGGGCGGCGCCCUUCUCGCGCGCGUCGUCGCUUCUUUCCGCUCUGCCUGCUUCGCCGCGCGCCGUGGCCUCGGCUUCGCCGUCUGGGGCUUCAGGCCCCGCGGCGCGGGGGCGCCGGCCCACGCGGGGCCUCCGCGCGCCCCCGCCGCCUGCGCCGCCGCCCGAGAUCGCCUGCUCCCACUGCGGGCGACACGUAGACGAUGUCCUCGUGCUGGCCUGCGGACACAACCUCUGUCUGGUCUGCGGCGCGGCGUCGGCGGGCGCCGCCGGCGAGCGGGCGCGGCGCCGGCGCGAGCGGCGGGCGGCUGGGGCGGAGACCGACGAGGAGAGCGACGCCGCGUCCAGUGCGGACUUGUUUUCGGCGCGGCGCAGCGGGGCGAACCUCCGCAUGUCAGACGGGCUCGCCUGUCCCCUCUGCGACGUCUGCACGCGCCUCGCGCCCGAGACGCUGCAGGCGCUGGGGCGCGCGCCCCCCGACGAGGCGCGCGGGAGUCACGGGCGCCGGCGUCGCGGGGGCGGCUUCGCGGAGGCCGCCGCGGAGCCGGCGCGUCUCUGCGGGCUUUGCGAGGCACGCGAGGCGUCGGUCUUUUGCCGCGGAUGCGCCUGCACGUACUGCGACAGCUGCGCAGUGCGGGUUCACGAGCGGAACUCGCGGCUCGCCGCCCACAAGUUCCGCUUGAUCGCACGGGCGCCGGGGCUGCUGCUGCCGCUGGGGGGUCCGGCGGCGCGCCGCGCGAAGCUCCGAGAGGACGCGGGUCACGUGCGGACUUUCGAGGACGGCUCGGAGUGCGGCGGCGGCGCCUCGAGCGCGUCCUCGCUGGCUUUCUCCUCGCCGCGGAGCCUCGCGUCUGCGCUGCUGCGCGGGGCGGUCUGCGCACGGCCGCACUACGGAGGAGGCGCGGGGGCGGCGGAGGGCGGCAGCGAGAAGGCGAGCGGGGGAACGGCCGCCUCGGCGCGCGAGAGUGUCCACAGCAGCGCGAUUGCGGAGACUGGCGGCGCGGAGCGCGCGCGUCUGUUUUGCACGCUACUGAAGCGUCUGGGGAAGGGCGGCAACAUCGCGGACAUGCUGCAGCUGUGUUCCAUCUCGAAUUUGGAGUGCGAAGUCCACCCGGGCGAGCCGGUGCGCUUCUUCUGCAUGACUUGCAUGGUCGUGCCGUGUCUCUGCGCUCAGUGCGUGAUGGGGUGCGACCACGCGCGGCACGCGCUGCUGCAGAUCCCGCGCGCGUGGGAGGAAGUGGCCUCGCGGUAUCUGCACGACGAGUUCACCAGCACGCUCUUCCGCGCGAAGGCUGACGUCGAUGCGCUGCGCCAGGCCCUCCGCGAGCGCCGCUUCGAGUGGGGUCGCAGUCUGUACGAGGACAGGCAGCUGGCCGCGGGGACUGGCACGCGGCUGAAGGAGGAGAUGCAGGAGAAGGAGCACCAGCUGCGCGUGGCGCUGACGGCCUUCACCAGCAAGUUCACGUACGAGUGCGAGGCGUUCAGGAAGAUCACCGGCGAGAAGAUCGCGCAGGCGCAGCAGCUCCUGCAGCAGAUCCGCGACUUCAGGAACGCGAGCGAUUCCGUCCUCCUCACCUUCUUCCGCGACCACCGCGAAGUCAUCGAAAAGCAUAUCGCCCGGGAGGACCCCGCCGAACUCGAGCACCUCCCGCACAGCCGACAAAGCAUCCUCGACCACGCCACGCAGGUCACCGAUGAAAUCUGCGAACUCGCGCGCGAACUCCGCGACAACCUGCGAAACUGCGAAGGCCGCCGCCGCGAGGAAGAGGAACCCGCGGAACCCGCAGACGACGCCCAGCAGACGCUCGAAUCCCUCCUUCGGCCGCGCGCUAGCAAAGAAGGGCAGAGUCUCGCCCUCGUCGCACCCCUCGGCACCCGCGUCGACGCAACAGACGCAGGUGGCGAAGAGGACGCAGAGGCGACGCAGGGACAGGAGGCCGGCAAGGGGGAAGAAGACGAAAAUAGCGACGAGGCGGAAGAUGAAGAGGAGGGAGAGGAGCACGAGGACUCCGAGUGA